CUGCCCUUCACCUCUAGCGUGCUCACGAAGACCCCUCCGCACCAUGUCCGACUCCCAGCUCAACUUCACCGUCCCCGCGCUGUUCGAUGUAAAGGGCAAAGUCGCGGUGGUCACCGGCGGUGGAUCGGGAAUAGGCACCAUGAUUGCCGCGGCAUACGUGCAGAACGGAGCGAAGGUGUACAUCGCGUCCCGGAAGGAGCAGCAGCUCAAGGAGGUCUCUGAAUCCCUGACGAAGAAGGGACCCGGAAGCUGCCAUUACAUUGUUGCGGACAUCAGCAGCAAAGCGGGCUGCGAGGCGCUUGCGAACGCGAUCAAGGAGCGCGAGUCGAAGGUGCACAUACUGGUGAACAACUCUGGCGCGUCGUGGGGUGCUCCGUUCGAAGACUUCCCGGAGCAGGGCUGGGACAAGGUCAUUGCGCUCAAUGUUAAGAGCAUCUUCUACAUGACCGCUGCCCUCACCCCUCUCCUGGCAAAGGACGCGACCGGCUUCGACCCUGGACGCGUCAUCAACAUCUCGUCCGUCGCCGGCUUCCUCACCACCGCGCACGGCUCCCGGCUCGCGAGCGGGAACAACGGUCUCUGGAGCUACGGAACCAGUAAGGCAGCGGUCAACCACCUCACCAUCCUCCUCGCGACCACGCUCGCGCCGAAGUUCAUCACCGUGAACGCUAUCCUGCCAGGUGUCUUCCCGUCAAAGAUGACGGCGUAUGCGCUCAAGCAGCUGGGAGAGGAGGGGCUCUCCCAGGGGAACCCUUUCGGUCGUAUUGGCCACCCGAAGGACAUGGCGGGUGUCGCAUUGUUCCUUGCCAGCCCCGCCGGCGCAUACGUCUCAGGCUCGCAUAUCGUCCUCGACGGCGCCACGGCGCAAUCGCGCAUAGCGACCUCCCUCUGAUUUUCGCGCUUGCGUAGACUGUUCCAUAUGUAUCCUUACACUAACGCUCAUCCGCGCAAAGCCGCCGCCGCUUGCCGUCGCUCGAACUGCCCCGGUGGAAUACACACUGUUU